GGUGAGGGCAGCUUGAUCGAACAUAAGUUAGGGGUGGUUCACCUUUAACCGUCUCAGCCUGGUGACCGGUGAGGGCAGCUUGAUCGAACAUAAGUUAGGGGUGGUUCACCUUUAACAAGACGCAGAGCCUCAUCUCUCAGCCUUGCAGAUUUCAUAUUAAAUUCGCCGUGCCAUCCGGAAGAUAAAGCAGUGACAUUCCAGUGGUCGAUCCUCAAAAAUUUGACUAUCUCCUUACAGCCUACUCUUGACCCUUCUGGUCUUCCUUUGCCCAUUCUUGACAGCGAAAUUUUGCUCGUCCACCGCUCUCACAAAGCGAGAUUAUUUUCAAGCUCAUCCCUUCCAUUUAGUUUCGCCCUGCUCCAUAAAGAGAUAUCUCAUCCAUCAUGGACGAUCGCAUAACGAGGGACAGCUUCAAGAAGUCAUCGCACAACCUCAGACAAGUAGCUCAAGAUCAUGGUACGCUUGAAAAAGAUUUGACUCUCCCGGCUGUAUUUCAGCAAGCGGGUCCCUGGAUUGCUCUCGCCGAGAAGAUUAUUCAGAGUGCUAGAAUAGAACUGGAUAAGAAGGACGCAAAGCCUGUUGGGACAGACCUCCGCCAGUGUUCGCAAACUUGCAGGGAAAAAUCUGAGCUCCUCGAAUUGGUCUUCGGUUAUGUUGCUACCGCAGAAGCGCCAGCGAGAAGGAAGACUUACGCAGAAGCGGUGGCGCAAGAUAAAGAAAGAGCAGUUGAGCUAGUCUUGGGCAGGAUUCUGGGAGCCAUAGCAGACGCAAUAAAGUCCGGGUCCCUCGUUGCAAGCGAUUCUCAAAACGCUGAAUUAGGCGACGCCCUGAAAAAAUUGUCGGGGAUGGCUGCCAAAAACUCUGAAGGCGGACCAGGAAUCAAUUUCUACGGAAUUGGCGACCAGAUCACGAAUCUUGCUGAUGGAAAGAUAAGUGUCGGCAAGGACCACGCUGUUCUGUAUAUUGGUGACAACGUAAACGUGGGUGUGGCACCAAGCAAACCCUGACACAAUCCAACCGAGUAUGUCCAACUUGCGGAACGAUGAAAAAGAAAAUAGAAAGUUAAUCAAUGACUCAGAGUUGAUGUGAGGGCCACAAAGGGGUGUUGUGAGAGCAUAAGAUAGUAUUUCACAGAAGCUGAUGCUCUAGAAGAGUUGAAGGACACAGAAAUAAAACUCUUGGCCAAGAAACGAAUUUCUCAGAAGCCGAUACGCG